AUGACGUAUCCAAAAAGAAUACCCUUAAAUGCAUGGUCUGAUGCCCUGAAGGCAGCCAAACCACUAAUUAUUACUUUUGAUGCGUACAAUACGUUGUACGCUACAAAACUGCCGGUAAUGGAACAAUAUUGUAUAGUUGGACAUAAAUACGGUAUCAAAGCCAACCCUUUGACGUUAACUAAGAACUUCCCGCAUGUCUUCAAGAAACUAAAAGAAAACUAUCCUCAGUAUGGAAAAUUUUCUAAUAUUGGGCCUGAAGAAUGGUGGUCCAGUUUGAUAAAGAAUGUUUUUGCACCAAUCGAAAUUCCCGAUGAGAUGGUGAGUGAAAUAUUGCUGCGGUUUGAGGGUUUUGAUUCAUAUUUUGUUUAUCCAGAUUUGAUCAAUUUCUUGAAGAAUGUAAAGGCAAGAUACCCUAAUAUUAUUCUAGGAAUAAUAAGCAAUACUGAUCCAAUCUUUUACAAAUUACUGAAAAACAUUGGGUUGUAUGAAACAUUCGCCGAUAAUAUUUAUUUAUCAUAUGAGCUUGACCUGGCAAAACCUGAUAAGGCCAUAUUUGAAUAUGCAUUCAACGAUAUUAUAGAUAAGCGUCCUGAUUUGCUGAAGGUGUACUCUAAGGAAGAAAUUUGCCAGCACUGUUUCCACAUCGGAGAUGAACUAAAAAACGAUCUUGAAGGUGCAGAAGGUGCCGGUUGGACUGGAAUUCUGUUGGAUAGAAAUGACAAAUACGGAUAUCUAUCGGAGUCACUUGACAAGACUGUCAGAGAUGAGUAUAAGCUAUCACUUGACAAAAUAGAUAACCAUUCUAUAAAGACUUGGGAAACAAGUAGCAAACAAACAGACACUAUACAGUUGAAUAAAAAAAAAUAUGUUGUUUCAAACCUUGAGGUUUUAGAAGAGCUAUUUCCUUAA